AUGCACCCCUCAACCAUCCUCGCCACCACCGCUCUCGCCGCCACCGUAAUGGCCGCCCCGGUGUGUGACGCGCCGACCCUGGAUGCUGUGGCCCUGGCAGACACCAAGAGACAGCUCAUAUAUCCUAUGGAUCUUUGUACUAAGAUUGGAUGCGGAGUCCCUCGUGUUGGGACGUAUGAUGGGAAGAAGCACCAUGAGCAUGAUGAUGAUGAGCACCACGACGAUGAACAUCAUGAAGAACAUCAUGAGGAGGAGCACCACGAGGAAAAGCACCCUGAGGUUGAAGAAGAGCAUGAGGAGCAUGGAGAGCAUGAGCAUCACGAGAAUCACCAUAGGGAUGAGCACAAGAAAGAGUAUGAGGGAGACCAUGAGGAUGAGCACACGAAGAAGUACAAGCACGAGUCCAAGAAGCUCAUGCCAAGGUACGAUCAAUUCCGCCUGGAAGUGCUGAGGAAGCUCGAGACCAGGGGAAGAAAGGGCUUUGUUUGCACCGUCUUGUAG